AUGCGCGCGGUCGUGACAACUGGCGAUGGCCACGUUGAACUGAAGCGAAUAGACACACCCAGGUGUCAGUCUGGCGAGGCAUUGGUCAAGGUGAUCGCCGUAGCGCAAAACCCCACCGAUUGGAAGACUGCAGUGUCUUGCAAGGCGCGAGGAAACGUACUCGGUUGCGAUUUCGCAGGGCUUAUCGUAGAAAUAGGACCGGAUGUCCCAUCAGGCCUGAGGACCAUCGGUCAAAGGGUUGCAGGCCUGACGCAUGGUGGCAUCGGUCCCAAUGGAGCAUUUUCAGAGUACGUUACAGUCCCGGCGGCCCUCACGAUCGUCCUGCCGGAUAGAACAUCAUUUGAGGACGCGGCCCAGAUACCCGUCGCAUGCUUCACUACCUGUCAGGCCCUCUACCAAUGCCUUCAUCUUCCGACCCCGCUCGGUGGCGAACAUGAGCAGGAAAGUGUCCUCAUCUGGUCAGGCUCCUCUGCGACGGGGUAUUACGCCGUGCAGUUCGCGAAACUGGCGGGCUUGCAUGUCAUUACCACUUCAUCACCGAGCAAUUUCAAACUGAUGAAGGAUAUCGGCGCGGAUGAGGUCUACGACUAUGCCCCGUCACACACGCCAAGGAGGAUCUUUGCCAGCACGGAUGGCAAACUCAAGCACGCCAUGGAUUGUAUCAGUCAGGACAGAACCCCUAAUCAAGUUAGUACAGCGCUCAGCAAGGACGGUGGCACGAUAGCGACCCUGUUGCCCUACGUAAGCCGGACGAAAGGCGUUAGGACUGAAUUCAUCCUCGCCUACUCGAUCUUCGGCAAGGCAAUUACAGUUCCAUUUGUGUAUCCGGCCAAGCAGGAUCAUUACGACAACGCGGUGAAGUAUGCGGCGCUCAUCUCAGAAGUACUACACAAGCACGAGGUCAAGCCGAUACCUAGCAAGCUGUUUCCCCAUGGAUUGGAAAGUGUCAAGGAUGGCUUCGAGUACAUGCAGGCUGGUAAGGUUCAUGGAGAAAAGGUUACGUACAGAAUAGCAGACACUCCUGAGCUUUGA